AUGGAUGGCAAGAAAGAAACAGCUUCCAGCGCUUCUCUGCCUCCUGAGGCUCCGCUUCCGCCGGUGCAGCAGCAGCGACAGUCCAGGAGGCGACGGCAGCUGCAGCAGCAGAGGCAGCAGCAACAGCAGCAACUGCAGCUGCAGCAAGAAGAGCCGCAGUUGCAGCAACAACAGUUACAACAGCAACAACAAGAGUCGCAGCUGCAGCAUGAACAGGAGCAGCAGCAGCAACACGAGCCGCAGCCUCAGCCUCAGCAGCAGCCGCAGCAGCCGCAGCAGCAGUUGCAGCAGCAGUUGCAGCAGCGUCAGCCGCAGCAGCAGUUGCAGCAGCAGCAGCAGCAGCAGCAGCAGCAGCAUGAUCUUGUGGCGUUUCAGCCGUUUUCUUUUUUGAUUGAGGUUUCUUUUUGGCGUCUUCUAUCGGAGCGUAAAUUAAAAGAUUGGAGGCUCAGCACUCCGUGGGUGCCGCUGAUUGCUACUUACAGCUGCACAGCAGCAAAGCCACUGCAGCAGCAGCAGCAGCAACAGCAGCAGCAGCAGCAGCUGCUGCGGCGGCAGCAGCGGCAAACGGGACAGCAUGCUGCUGGCCCGUGUAGAGUUCGUAUUGAUGCAGAUUCUCUCGAUAUAGUGCAGCAGCUGCUGCGGGAGGAGCAGCAGCAGCAUACAGGACGUGAUGCUGCUGAAGAGCAGCAGCAGCAGCAGCAGCCCAGCCGGCAGCAGCAGGAGCAGGAGGAGGAGCAACAGCUGCAGCUGCAUCUGCUGCAAGAUUGGUUAGAUGGGGAGGGGGGUUCUUCUCCGCUGCACUCCCCGGAAGCAGCAGAAGCCGAAGCAGCAGCAGCAGCAGCAGCAGGCGCUGCAGCAGGGGCGCCUCCUCCUCCUGCAGCAGCAGCAGCAGGAAGCUCUCGCCGUACAGGCCUCAUGUCUUUACCUCCUUUUGCUUCUAAGUGCUUAAAGAGCGGCACCCGCCCCCUAGUGGGGUUAGUCCGUGUGUAUAACAGCUUCGCUGAUCUUGUUGCUGCUGCUCGCAGCAGAGCAGCAGCACGGCGCUGCCUCCUCAGGAUGGAGGAAGUCAUUUGCUGCUGCAGCAGCUGCAACACACAUAACCACCAACAGCACCACCAGCAGCAGCAGCAGCAGCAGGAGCAGCAGCAGGAGGAGGAACUGCUGCAGGUAAUGCACCUCCCUGUCAAAGACCCAGACUUCUGGAGGCUUCGCCUUCGCUGCCGCGACCUGCAGCAGCAGCAGCAGCAGCAGCAGGAGAUGGGCAGCUGCACGACCCCCACAUCCCCAGCCUUCUCCGAGUUCGCCUCGCCACCCGCCGAAUGUGAAUCACCUGCAGCAGCAGCAACAGCAACAGCAGCAGCAGCAGCAGCAGAGGCAGAAGCAGGAGCAGAAUUUGCGGGAGCAAUGCCACCAUCACCAGCAGCAGCACCAUCACCAGCAGCACCAGCAUCAGCUGCAGCAGCAGCAGCAGCAGCAGCAGCAGCACCAGCAGCAGGAGGUGAAGGAAGAGAGUUUUGUGCGUGCCGCGCGGUGUACGGACAGCUGCCAGCAACUGCUUGGCCCUGCCGUUUUGUGUUGGAGACAUUCAUCGAUUUAAAAAACCAGAAGGCGAUUUACACUGUCUGUACACCUGCACUUAGACCUGCAGCAGACCUGCAGCAGCUGCAGCAACCCGCUGCUGCUGCGCACCCCGUCACCCUCAAACGCCUCGUAGCAGAGCUCGAACCCACAACCUUUCAAGAACUGCAGCUACAACAGCAGGAGCGGCAGCAGCAGCAGCAACAGCAGCAGCAGCAGCAGAGGGAAGAGUUUACUGCUGCGGAGUUGUCGGUUAUAUCUAGCAAAAUUCGCUCCUUAGAUAACAACACGUCUCCCUUUCUGGCGGGAGGAUGCUUUUUGCUGCUUAAAACCAGCAGCAGCAGCAGUAGCAGCAGCAGCAGCAACGGGGACAGCGGCAAGGGGAGCAGCAGCAGCAGCAGCAACUGCUGCAGCCCGGAGGGUGCGGCUGCGUCGCUGCAGCUGCUGCCCUUGGAGGCUCUGGAGCGCCUCAAACACCUUCUCCCUACUGCAGAGCCAGAACAAGGCCAACAACAGCAGCAGCAGCUGCAGCAACAGCAGCAGCAGCAGCAGCAGUUGUAUUUGUGCGUGAUGGAUCCUUCUUGCAACCCCACCGCUUUAGGGUGGCCUUUGCGUUGUUUGCUGCCGGCUUUAAGUGAAGGUUUUUGUUUGUUCGGGAGGGCCCUCAGGGUUUUAUCGUUUAGAGAUUGGCUUAUAGACCUGCGAGUUGAGAGUGCUGCUGCUGCUGCUGCUGCUGCAGAAGCAGCUGCUGCGGAAGCGGCAGAAGCAGCGGAUGCUGCUGCCGCUGCUGCUGCUGCUGCCCACGCUGGGACCGCAGAUCAGGAUCCGGAGGAGGCAGCAGCAGCAGCAGCAGCAGCAGCGCGGCGAGCAGCAGCAACUGCAGCAGCUGCUGCUGCUGCUUGGGGCCAGGUUGUUGAACCGCUCUCGCGGGUGUUUGUAGUGCGGCUGCCGACUGCUGAAGAGCUGGUUGGGGCCUUCUCCCCUGCACCUGCAGCAGCAGCAGAGGGAGGAAGCACAAGAGCAGCAGCAGGAAGAGCAGCAGCAUCAACAGGAGAAGGAGCAACAGAAGCAGCAGCGGGUGACGGCGAAGCAUCUGCAGCCCCAGGAGCAGCAGCAGAAGCCCCACCAGAAGCAGCAGCAUCGAGCAAAGAACCCUGCCCGCCUCCUGCACCUCCAGCAGCAGCAGCAGCAGGAGCAGCAGGAGCAGCACCAGAGGCAGGGUCCCGCCGCGCUUCAAUGGUUGUGGGGAGACUGAAGCGGCUGGCGGCCUCUGGGGGCCCCCGCUGCCUCUCGAAGGCGCAGCAGUUUUUUUGUGUUGAGUUGGGGAGAUUUCUAGACCCGCGAGUGGAGAGUGCUGCCUUCAUUCGUGCCGGAGGCGCUGCAGUCGUUGAGGGUUUUGGCGAUUGGGGCGGGGACGUUGGGUUGUGGGGUUGCGAGGCUGCUGGCCUCUUGGGGUGUCAGGGAGGUUUAGGUCGUCUGAAGGCGGAGGCGGCCCGCGACGGCAUUCUCGCAGUUCGCCCCAGCAUGGAGUGCAACGCGGUAGUCUUAGACGUCCCUAUGCCAGAAUAUGAUGUUGAUGAUGAUGACUAUGAUGAUGAUUAUGAUUAUGAUUGGCAGCAACGACAGCAGGAGCAGCAGCAACAGCAGCAGCAGCAACAGCAGGCUGUUGGGACGCUGGACGAGCAGUGCACAGUCACGAGGCCGGGUGUGGGGGCCCUUGCAUGCUCUGUUGCUGUUGAGUUGCUGGCAGCACUAACGCAACACCCUUUAGGGUUUGCUGCUCCCCACACGGAGACAGACCCUCUAGCAGGAGGACGCGCUGCUGCUGCUGCUGCUGCGCUGCAGCAGAAACAGCAGCAGCAGCAGCAAAACCCUGCAGCAUUUUCUUGCCUUGGAGCCACACCCCAUAUGAUUAGAGCCAACUUCGCAGGUUAG